AUGAUGGAUCACAAUCAAGGUACCGACCUUGAAACUCUGUGGAUGCGCGGCCUGAAACCCAAGGAAAAAGAAACCAUUCUCAAUGAUAUUGCAACUAUCUUGACUCAACUUCGAACACUUCAUCCCCACAAAGAAGGAGUGGUUGCGUCCGCGCAGGGUGGUGCCAUUCUUGAUUACCGUAUUGGGAGUCAACUAGUCGGCCCAUUUCAGUCUCAUUCCAGCUUCCACUCUUUUUUACGGGGUGGCGUUCCACUGGAAAACACGGCUCAGAUUUUUGGGGAAGAUAUUGCAUCUUGUCAUAGCAACAAUUAUCGGACGUUCUUCUCGCAUUCAGAUUUGGCCCCGCGGAAUAUUAUCAUUCGCAAUGGCAGAAUUGUGGGAGUUGUUGACUGGGCACUUGCAGGCUGGUACCCAGAAUAUUGGGAUCUAACGAAGGCAUAUUACACUUCAUUCAAGGUGCCGGACUGGCCCGAGAGCAUCAAACUUAAGCUUCCUUCAUAUGCGGACGAGCUCAUGGCAGAACGCCUUCUUUGGAGACUCUACGAUGAACCAGGAAAUGUUUCGCGCAACUACGGAUUCACGUUGUUCUUAAUCCUGAAGAACCAGUCUCUUUCCGAGUUCAGGUCUUGCCCAGUUUCAUCAUCCAACCGAACGCCGUCCGAAACGUCGUAUGCCAUGUUGUCGCGGCCGUUGGAUUUCUUAGGUGCUAACAAAACUCCUCAGUGGUAUGCACCAUGGGCCAAGUGGCAGAUGUCUUUCAGCAUGGAUCAAGAUUCAGAGCGCGGAAUGAUCAUCGCCUCUUCCGCGGGUAAUUGGAAAACACAAAAUCAUGGCGAAAAAGUCAAACUUGCAGCGGACGGAGAGCGUGAUUCAUGUAAACAAAACGAAAUUUCCGACAAAUCCGAUCCCAUUUGGCAGUCGACUAGGCUCCAGCCUUGGCGGGAGAGGACUCGCGAUGAAGGCAAUUAUACAAAUGUUGAUAUUUGCGGCGAUGACAGAUGUGCCUCGCAUAGCCUAGGUCGUUUCCACGAAAAUGUCACCCAGCAAAAACAGCGAGCGGUCGUUCAGGGAAGUAAUAUGAAUGUAUCGCACCGUUACCUGAACAUGGAGAAUGCGGGCGCCUUGCUGCUGGAUAGUCAGCUGGGUUGGAUAAAGAAGGUCCCCUAG